AUUCACUUGUCGUUCAUGAGUGUCAGGAUCCAUUUAUAACAUCUCUGUUAUUUGUCUGUGGUUUGUGAGCUAUUGAUAGAAAUGUCUCAUGUGAUUUUAUUGUGUGUGCUCUUCUGGAGUGAGUUUGGUGUGUUUGGUUGUGUCUCUGUGUCAGUGACUGAAGGAGAUUGUGUUACUUUUUUUGUGGAUCUGCCUGAAACAAAGAUGAAGAAGGGAAUCUCCUGGAAGUUUGGAUCUUAUGAAAGUGUCAUCGCUGAUAUCAAGAGUGGACACAUCACUAUAUCUGAUGACAAACCUGAUAAAAGAUUCAAAGACAAACUGCAACUAAACAAACAUACUGGAGAUCUGACCAUCACAAACACCAGCAUCACACACACUGGACUUUAUCAAAUGACCAACAUCAAGACAAACGAACAACUCACAACAUUUACUCUCACCGUCUAUGCUCGUCUGCCUGUUCCUGUUAUCUCGAGAGUCUCAUCAUUAUCAGGAAGCUCAAAGUGUUCAGUGUUGUGUUUAGCGGUGAAUGUGUCACAUGUGAGUCUCUCCUGGUACAAAGGAAAGAGUUUAUUGUCCAGCAUCAUUGUGUCUGAACACAGUAACAUCAACAUCUCUCUUCAUCUGGAGUGUCUGAAUGAUUCUUACACAUGUGUGAUCAACAAUCCCAUUACAAACCAGACUCAACAUCUCAACACUGAUGUCUGUCACAAGUGUUCAGCUCCUCCCACAGAAUUAUCCUGCUGUUGUUUUACCGAAGCUGUGAUCCGAUUGGUCGUCUCUGCUUUGGUGGGUGUGGCUACUGUUGCUGUUCUGGUUUAUGAUGUCAGAUCCAGAAGAGAUGAACAAUAGAAGAUAUCAGACAUUCAGAUGACUGAUAGGUCUGUUGUUAAAUCAGAUUGAUAACUUCCAUUUUGAAACCAAAGCUAAUGUAAAUUGUAGCAUAAAUCUAUAGUUUAGUUAGUUUGCAAUCAACAGAUUUUUUUAUGUCUUAAACACAUGAUUGAGUUCUUGUCACUCUGCACCACGAUAACACCACAACAGAUACACUGAAAUGCAAUGCUUUAAAUGCAUUUUAAUAUCUCUGGCAGUCAAAUGCACGAAUGCAAAAUGUUUAAAUUCAGUUGAUUUAUUAAAAGAAUGAAUAGACAGAAGAACCAAACAAAGAGGAAACACAUCACUUGCGGUAAAUGUGUUUGCGGUGCACUCUUGAGAAAUGAUCUCACGGAAAACUAAAAUAAUAGAGCCUCAAGUGACAUACAUCUACAGAUCUUUUCGACUGAUAGAAAUGUGUUCAUGGGCAAGACGA